ACGGCGCCCGGCGGCGGCGCGAACGGCAGCGCAGAGCGUGGCUCUGGGCUAGGUGCCUGCCGCGACUUCCCGCGCAAGGCCGGCCGGACAGCGACCCGCAGCCUUGGCGGCGCUGGAGGAUGCGGCCGUGGCCCCGGGUGGCGGCCGCCAGAAGCUUGGCGCUCUGAAGGUCAGCAAGUCAAGUGGCAGGGGUCCAGGAGGGCCUGACACCUCCGUCGUAAUGGCAGAGAAACGGCCCCUGGGGCCUCUGGGGCCUGUGAUGUAUGGCAAGCUGCCCCGCCUGGAGCCGGACCCAGGGCCUGGACAUGGCCUGCCCCUUUCUGCUGCCAGUCAGGACUCCUGCAAUUAUAAGGGUGCAUAUUUCUCCUACCCCAUAGGGGGUGCUUCCAAGGCAGGGUCUGAGCGGUUGGCAUCCUGGACCCCGUACCCACCCUUGUACCCCACUGAAGUGGCAGGAUCUCCACUCCGGACUGACAGCCUGUUGACAAACUGCCUGCUCUACCGCCCUCCCACAGAAGGUUCUGAAAAGAUAAAAGACUCCAGUGAGCUCCUGCCCUUUGGUCCCCAGGCUCAUGCCUACCCAGGCCCACCACUGGCAGCGCCCAAGCCUGUCUACCGCAGUCCUUUGUGUUACGGACUCUCCGCUUGCCUAGGGGAUGGAGGAGCAAAGAGACCGUUGGAUGUUGACUGGACCCUGGUGACCGGGCCCCUGUUACCGUCUGCUGAACCACCCUGUUCUCUAGCCCCAGCUCCUGGCAAGGGCCAGCCCCUGGAUGGGACAUUCUUGCGUGGGCUACCAACUGGGGGACCUGGCAAAGACCCCUCCCUGACUUUUUCCCCAUGCCAGGCAAUCCUGGAGAAGUAUCGAACCAUCCACAGCACAGGCUUCCUGCCUUCCAAGUACACGGGUCCUUACUCUGGGGAACCCAAGCAAGCAGUAUCUGAAGGACCCUCCAGUCCUUGGACCCAGCUUGCCCAGCCCCUCGGACCACCUUGCCAGGAUGCAGUGCCAGCCCACUACCCGCUGCCCCCACCUCCACAGGCCUUGCCUUGCCCUCCAUCUUGCCGUCACCCGGAGAAGCAGGGGAACUACGGCCCUCUGCUCCCACUGCCACCUCUGGGAGCGCACAAAGGGGCUGCAUACCAGGCUGGUGGGCUGGGCAGCCCCUACCUGAGGCAGCAGGCAUCCCAGGCCCCUUAUCUGCCCCCUGUUGGGAUAGACACUUACUCCUACUCUCCUGCACCCCUCCCGGCCCCCUCACCAGGGCUCAAGCUGGAGCCCCCUCUUGCUCCAAGGUGCCCACUGGACUUUGUCCCCCAAACUUUGGGAUUUCCUUAUGCCAGGGAUGACCUCUCUCUCUAUGGGGCAUCCCCAGGGCUUGGGGGAACACCACCUUCCCAUGCUCAGAACAGUGUGCAACCCGUGCCACAGCCCAGUGCCUUCCAGCGAACAUGCCAGCCUUUGCCAGCCAGCCAGCCAUGCUCUGAGCCUGUGAGACCUGCAGAGAAACCAGCCCCGGAAGCUCAAGAGAAGACCUGGCUACCCAGCUGCAGGAAAGAGCAGCUCCAUCCCAGGCCCAGUGAGCGUCCUGGGGUACCUAUUGUCAUUCGAGACAGUCCAGUUCCCCGCACUUCACCAGCACUGCUCCCCUGUGCCAAGGAGCGCCAGUCUCUUCCACAGAAAGAUGCCAAGCCUCCCAGCUCUCCACCCAUGCCUGUGAUUGACAAUGUUUUUAGUCUGGCCCCCUACCGUGACUACCUGGAUGUGCAGACACCGGAGCCCACGGCUGAGCAGGACUGUGCUCCAGCCGCCAGUAAGAGCCAAGACAAAGAUCGCAAGGGGGCCCUGCCUGUCCAGGAUGGGACCUCUGGGCCUCACUGCUCUCUUCGUGAGGAAGUGGCUCUGGACUUGAGUGUGAAGAAGUCUAUGGCAGAGGCUGUCCCUGUCAAGGUCCCUAGUCCUGAGGUACGUGAUAAGUCCACUGAAGCUGUGAAUGGGCCAGGUAUAGAAAACACAGUGUCAGGCUUGCCGGGCCUGAAAAAGAUGGUCACCGAAAUAUCUGAAGUGGCCACAGAAGCCACACCAAGGACCAACUUCCACAGCUCCGUGGCCUUCAUGUUCCGAAAAUUCAAGAUACUCCGACCUGCACCCUUACCUGCAACUCUCGUCCCAUCCCCACCUACCUUGGCUCCUGCUCCUGCUCCUGCCCCUGCCCCUGCCCCUGCCCCUGCCCAGCCUGCACCCAACCCCCCAUCCAUGCCCGUGGGACUGCAGAUUCUCACUCAGCCUUUGCCGGUGGCGUGCUUCAACCUAGCCCUGCCGAGCCCGCCGGCCAUAGCCGUGGCCUCCCCGGCCCCAGCCUCUGCUCCUGUUCCAUCCCCAGCUCCGGCCCCUGCUCCAGCCACUGUUCAAGUUUCCACCGCGACCUCAGCAGACUCCCUAGAACAGCACUUUACAGGGCUGCACGCAUCCCUCUGUGACGCCAUCUCAGGCUCUGUGGCUCAUUCUCCACCAGAGAAACUUCGGGAGUGGCUUGAGACCACUGGCCCAUGGGGCCAGGCUGCGUGGCAGGACGGCCAGGGUGUGCAGGGGCUCCUGGGCAAGCUGCUGUCCCAGCUGCAGAGGUUUCUGUGCACACAGCAGUGCCCCUUCCCUCACGUAGUACGAGCUGGUGCCAUCUUCGUGCCCAUCCAUCUGGUGAAGGAGCGUCUCUUUCCUAAGCUGCCACCCGCCUCUGUGGACCACGUGCUGCAGGAGCACCGUGUGGAGCUACGGCCCACCACUCUGUCAGAGGAGCGUGCACUGCGUGAACGGGCCCUACAUGGCUGCACCUCACGCAUGCUGAAGCUGCUGGCCCUACGCCAGCUGCCUGAUAUCUACCCUGACCUGCUGGGCCUGCAGUGGCAUGACUGUGUGCGCCGCCAGCUGGGUGACUUUGACACUGAGGCCAGAACCUUAUCCCCUUCAGAACCCACAGUGACCAGAGAUGAACCAGAAAACCACUCCCUGGCUCGUAAAUCACCAGCCCCCAAGGUCAAGAAGCCAGGGAGGAAGCCACCAGCUGGCCCUGAGAAAACAGAGACGACCACUGGGGAAGGGUCACAGGAUCCCUCACCUAGCUCUGGCACCAGCACCAGCCCACCAGGUCCCACCAUGAGGGCACGCUUCCGCAGCCUGUUGGAAAAUGCCUGGCUCAAUGGGGUGGCACUGCCUACUUGGGGCCACAAGGCCUCAGGACCAGACCGACCUUCGCCUCAGCCCCAGCUCCUGGGCAGCCAGAGCCAUCAUCUGUAGCAUCGGUAGCUAGUGGUGUUGGGACAAUCAACCAUCUGGGGACCACUGUGUACCUGUCCUGACAUCCAACUGCCCAGGGCUGGGAGUGGAUAACAGGGCCGGGUCCACCUAGCUAGGCAGAGACUUCUGAACUUUGAACAUGGGGGUCUUUGUUAGAAGGGAUUCCUUCCCAUGAGACAAGCUGUGGGCGUUAGAGACAACCCGACCUGGCCUUGAAUCCUGGCUGCUGUGUUCCUUGUUGCGUGUCCUGGGCAAACACUUCACCUCUCAUGAGCCCCUGUUCACCAUUUGUAGAAUAAGACAACGCAGCCUACCUCACAAGGGUUGGAGUGGGGAUGAUGUCUGAUGUACACCUAUGAUGAUUUGCUUUGCUUCUUGCCCAGGACAGGCCUUCUUGUCAAGUAGAACCUUGUCAAGUCUUCAUGUGUUUGGGGACCUGGUUACCUUAGGGUGGUAUAUUGUACGAUGUAUAUGGCUCAUACACACUUCCUCUGAGUCCACUGCUGGUGCAGGGAGCUGGCCUGGGGCUGGCCUGAAGACCCUGAGUCUGCUCUGGAUUCCUAUCGGUGACCUACCUAGGCUGCAUCACACACCCCAGUGAAGUUGUACCAAGCAGCUACAGAGACCCAGCAGGCUGUGUCAGCCCAAUUCUAGGAGGCCUUUGAAGAUCUGGACUGGGGACUCUGGUAUUUCCCAAGGCUCUUGGGGCUACCUCCCUGCAGUGGGCUGAGCUCAGCUGGUGGCUGCCAAGCUGUGCCUCCUGCCUUAUUUAAGGGUUUUGUUGAGACUGGGCCCUGGGGGCCAGCUAUUAAAGCAUUGGGUUGUUUUUAGAA